UCACGCGGAGGAGUGAAAAGGCUUCAGUGAGUGAAACCGGAGGAGAAACUGUCCAAGACACGCACGUAAGGGAUUGGUUGUGGUUCAAGCGGAAGCUGCUGAAACGGGGAAAUAACACAAACAUUCGUUUUAUUUAUUUUUUCACUACGUUCUAUCGUCCAUUCAUUUUAACCUAUUUAUUCGAGAGCACCUGCCUGCAGCACAGGCCGGCUCUGUGUGUGCGGGAUCAGGACUCGGAGAGUCCAGCUGUGCAGGAGAGCUCCCCCGCGAGCGCGUCAUGGGAUACAGAGGAAUCUACACCUAAGGACUCUGUGGAUUUUACGGCCGUUCAAAAUAGUGCACAGAGACUGUAUAAUUAGUCGCCUGAAUAAGAAACUUCCGUUGCUUACCAGGAAUUUGGUUCCUCUACCGGUGACGCUUUUAUUCUAAGGCAGACUUUGGAUUUUUGGAAGUUGGCACUAUGGCUUCAGCCGACUGCUUCAAACUGGCCGUGUUCUUUGUGUGUUCAUCAUUCACAACUGGACACUUGGAAAGAGAAAACUCACCUAGGAUCCUGCCCUCGACCAAUCCCAUGGUUCACAAAUAUAACGACACAUUACAUCUUACCUGCAGAGGACCUGGCCGGCUGCACUGGACACUGGCCUAUCGUAACAGUUCAUCGCAGGGUGUGAAGGAGGAGCCGUGUCCAUUCAGACAUCACCCUCAUUCACACUGCAGCAGACUGACAGUCACACACUUAAUCGGCAACGACACGGGCAGUUACAGCUGCAGUUACACCAAAGAUGGUUCUGCCCACACCAUCUCAACAUAUGUCUUUGUCAGAGAUCCAAAUCAAGCUUUCGUUGAGCCAGCUUCUGAUUUUGCCCUGGGCAUCUUCAGGGAUGAGACGAUUACGGUCCCCUGCCGUACCACUUCUCCUGAUGCUGUGGUAACCCUCAUAGGGUGGCGGACUACAGGACACAAUAAUGUUACGGGAAUGGAGUGGGAUCCAAAAGUGGGAUUCAGGAUUCCCUAUAAACACUACAUCACGCUUAACUGCAAAACUGUGAUAAAUGGCCGUAGUUUCCACUCAUUGUAUUACCCUUAUGUACAGGCUAAAGAACUGAAAAAUGUAAAAAUCACACCAGAUCGCAUCAAGGUGUUGGUUGGAGACACCCUCAUCCUGAAUUGCACUGGUGAGACCGAGUACAAUGGAAGAAUCAACUUCACCUGGGAGAUUCCACAAAAGGAUAGAAGUCUUCGUCAUUCAAUCAAGAACCCUCUUAACAUAGCCGCGGUCCAUGUGAGGAGCAAUGCUUUGGUGUUAUCGAACAUCACCUCAGAGGACAAGGGCUGGUACACCUGCAGAGCAGAGCUUGAUCCCUGGAUUUACAACACUACCAAAGCAAAAGUUAUUGUCUAUGAGCAUCCAUUCAUCAAUGUCUCCUACCGAAAUGAGCGGUUUGUGUCUGUCAGAGAAGGAGAAAAACGGCUUGUCCUUGACCCCAAGGUCACUGCUUUGCCUAAACCCGACGUAGUCACGUGGUAUAAGGAUGGAGUCCCUAUCAAGAAUUCCACCUGUUACCACAUGACGCGCUACAGCUUGACGAUCUACGAUGUGCAGGAGAAGAACCACGCCGGGGACUUCACCCUAAGGCUGGGCAACGUAGCCAAAGGCCUGUUCAGGAAUUUGAGCUUUACUGUAUCAGUAGAAGUCAAACCAACUAUUUUGGAGGAGCUUUCUACUUUGGAAGUUAAGCCCCAGAUGUUUGGUGAGCAACAGAAGCUAACCUGCAGUGCUUACGGGUUUCCCUCGCCGAACAUUACUUGGUUUUGGCAGCCAUGUCGCUCAGACCCGAUGCUUAAAGAUUGUGUGUCUUACACUGAGCCAAUACCUGUCAGCACCGAUGACAGGGGAAAUUACUCCCGCAACUGGAUUAAAAGCAUAAGCAGCAAGCAUGAUCUGGUUAAAAAUAGAACCAAGACUGUGGGUACGCUGGUGAUUGGGGAGGCCCAGGUGUCAGGGAAGUACUUCUGUGUUGCCACGAAUGAGAUUGGGUCCAGCACCAUGGUGAUGCCCUUUUAUGUGUAUGAUAACCCUAAGGAAAUCACUACUGAACCUCAGACAGCCGUGGAGGGAGAUGAUUUCACUUUGACCUGCCGGGCAGCUCGUUACCUCUACACAGAUUUGCAGUGGUUGGACUCCACCAACCACACCGUCAUCUUCAAUGUGUCAAGUCUGCAGUUUAGUCCGUUGUCCGUUUCCCUGUCUCUUCAUCUGAGCAACGUCUCCAAAAACAGUACCACCGGCUACAAGUGCAGGGCACAAAAGUUUCACGAAAGGCUGGAACUGAAGCCAGUCACACUUAUUGUGAAUGAACGAAAACACCCCUGGCUCAAACAAAACCUGACCAAUCAGGUUGUGAACUGUAGCACCACCCUGACACUGGCGUGCCUCGCCGAGGGGGUUCCAUAUCCUGACAUUAUGUGGUACAAAAACAAAGUACGAGUGGAGGAAGGCCCAGGUGUGACCCUGGGGGAAAAUGGAAUCCUCAAUAUCGAGAGGGUGAAGAAAGAUGAUGAAGGUCUGUACGAGUGCAUCGCCAGAAAUGUUGAGGGUACAGCAAUGACCAGUGCUGUGGUUACUGUGCUUGGAGAUGAAGGAAAGCCAAACGUUGAGGUGAUCAUUCUGGUGUGUACUGGGGCAGCUGCCACCUUCCUCUGGCUCAUGCUCAUCCUCUUCAUCCGCAAGCUGAGAAAGCAACCAGCUCACUACAAGAUGGGUCCAUCCAUCAUCAUUGACCCUGAUGAGUGUCCCCUGGACGAGCAGAAUGAUCUGCUUCAGUAUGAUAGCAGCAAAUGGGAGUUUCCCCGGGACCGCCUGCGCCUUGGCAAAACGCUGGGACAUGGAGCUUUUGGGAAAGUGGUGGAGGCGUCUGCCUUUGGGAUCGAUAAGCUGUCAACCUGCAAGACUGUUGCUGUGAAAAUGCUGAAAGGUGGGGCUACAUCCAAUGAAAGGAAAGCUCUGAUGUCAGAGUUAAAGAUCCUGAUCCACAUUGGUCAUCACCUGAACGUGGUCAACCUGCUGGGAGCCUGCACAAAGCCCGGAGGCCCGCUGAUGAUUAUUGUCGAGUUCUGCAAGUACGGCAACUUGUCCUACUACUUGAGAAGCAGGAGGGAGGACUUCCUGGUCUACAAGAGCCAGGACGGUAAGGUGGUGUCUCCGGGAUUAUCCUGCCAGCUCAGCGAGCUGAUGAAGCGCCGUCUGGAGAGUGUAGCCAGCACAGGAAGCUCAGCCAGCUCUGGGUUCAUCGAAGAUAAGAGCUACUGCGAUUCAGAGGAAGAGGAAGAAGAAUCUGAGGAUUUAUACAAAAGAGUCCUGACUCUGGAGGAUUUGAUUUGUUACAGCUUCCAAGUUGCAAAAGGCAUGGAGUUCUUGGCUUCACGCAAGUGCAUCCAUCGUGACCUGGCAGCACGAAACAUACUGCUUUCAGAAAACAACGUUGUGAAGAUUUGUGAUUUUGGACUGGCCAGAGACAUCUACAAAGACCCAGAUUAUGUCCGCAAAGGAGAUGCAAGACUUCCGCUGAAGUGGAUGGCACCUGAGGCCAUUUUUGAUAAGAUCUACACGACUCAGAGUGACGUCUGGUCCUUCGGUGUUCUCAUGUGGGAGAUCUUCUCUCUGGGUGCCUCUCCGUAUCCUGGUGUUCAAAUUGAUGAAGAGUUUUGCUGCAGACUGAAAGAUGGGAGCAGGAUGAGAGCACCAGAUUAUGCGUCGUCUGAAAUAUACCAGACCAUGUUAGACUGCUGGCAAGGAGAGCCAAAGGAGCGACCAACAUUUACUGAGCUGGUGGAACAACUGGGAGACCUGCUUCAGGCCAGUGUGCAGCAGGAGGGAAAACAUUACAUACCUGUCAACACAGCCCUGCUGGCUCAGGUGGGGGACCCGUCCACCACAGCACCGUCAGAGGAGACGUCCACGCGACCAGCCUCCCACUGUGACUCAGGGAGCAGCUGGAACAUUAAGGUUCGUCCAGCUAGUGUGAAAACGUUUGAUGAGGUGACAAUGGAGGUCGAGGGACAUGAUGGACAAGGGGGCGGCCAAUCAGACAGCGGGAUGGGUCUCUCAGCUGAUGAUAUGAAGACACUGAAGUGCCUUGAAUCACUGGCAGGUCGACCACUGAGCAUCAUGGCUUUAGCGAUGAAGGCAGUGAGUAAGAGUAAGGAGUCGGUUCUCUGUGAGUCAGAGAAGAAGUUCCCACCGACUGUUCCCUCUCUGGACUUCAGUCUAGACGACUCAGCCCUGGACGACGGGCUGGAGUGUCACAGCCCACCUCCUGACUACAACUAUGUGGUGCGCUACUCCACUCCACCUGUGUAACAACAUCUGUGCUCUGCUCCGUGGCAGCCUCCGGGCCUGUGCCUCGCUCUUCUUUGGGCGUCUGUCGUGUGGCAGCAGCGUUUGAGAUGAGGUCCAACUCUGACAUCAACCUGCCUCACAUCAACAGAGGUUUUUCUUCCUGUAGACUUUUUCAUUCUUCACACUUCUCAGAUGUAGGCUUCACCUCCAUGCUGCUGCUGCUGCUCUCUUCCACCUUCACUGUGAUAUGUCUAACAGCUGAAAACAGGCUCAGGUAUAUUUGUUUUCUUCAUCUACUGUGAAAACCAACCAUGAUUCCAAUUUCAACAUCAAACUGUGGGAUUUAAUGUUACGAAACCUUCACAAGUGAUUGGUUAUGCUAAUAAUGCUUAGACUGGCACAGUUUUAUAUAUAUUUAUACAUUUCUUACAGCCAAACCAGGAUUCUUAACAGAAACCCUGUCUAAUGUUGACUUUUGUUAAAAGUUAAAAUCUCACAAAUUAUUUUUACGGCGUUCUUAAUUGCCCCCCAGAUGAAUCAGCUAAUUGUUAUUUAGGUUGAAGGAGAAAUUAGAUUAUGGGUUUCUAAAAAGCUGGGUCGUGAGCCAAAAAUUGAUCAUAAGUAUACGUUUGUGGACAGGGUGAUACUGUGAAAAACAGUCCAGAACAACACUCUCUGUUUGACCAAGCUUCUGCCUCUAACCUGCAGCUUUGGUCAGAGCCACACAGAUAGAAUAUUUUACAGAUAUUUUUUACUAAAUAACAAAAUCUCUACAGUAACACAUUCCAGUCACUUUCUAUGCCUUAGCAAGGCCCUGUGUAUUGCUGUAUUUGGAUAAGAACUUGGGUGGAGACCAACUGACUCAGGUAAAAUGUGGGUUCUGUGACUCAAUCUUUUUAGCACCACUGUUCUAGGUUAUCUAACUCACAUUAAAGCAGGGUAAAGUUGAAAAAAACAACAACAAACACAAUCAGAAUGGACACAACGUUUCAGUUCAAUUGAACAUGAAGUGAUAAAGAGUCAGAGAUGAUUCUGAUCCAUCCUUAUCUUAAAUGUUGGUGAUACAGGAAUACAGGAAAAAGAAAUGUGACAGUUGCCAGUUACCUCCAGGUCACAGUAUUCUCAGAAAUGUCAGACCAGCCUUCGUCCACGGCAUUUGUUCAGUUUUCCCUGAAUUGGAUGAGAGGUCAAACUUAUUUUACUGGAUUUGAACAUGUCCAUGUUAAAGCCCCUGAGGUCACUGAGAGAGAAGGAAACCACAUUAUGUUUAUUUCCACGUAAACAAAUUAGGUUAGAAAAAUAAAAAUAGAGCCAGGCUUAAUAGGAAGUAUUCAAAGGUAAAGCACUAGUGAAGGGAAUUGUGUAUUUAUUUAGACUGUAAACACUGUGGCUCUGGUAUUUGCAGCUCAGUCCUCCUCAGACCAGGGUCAGCAGCACUGACUGACUCUCUGUGCUCUUCAUCUUUCUGUGGUUCUGUGAUCAGUGUUCAGUAACGCUUACAGUGCAGGCUAGAAACAACCAUCGACAGAUAGGUAACCUUAUCACCAGUCGGCUCUGCUUCACUGAGCUCUGUGUUCCCACUUCCCUUUUUUUCGUUCUUUUAAAAGCAGGAUGUGUUGGAUACGUCCAAAACUAAACUUUUGAUUCCAUGUGUGACUACAGACACCCACUGUUCAGAAGCAGCUUUAAAUGAACUGAUGUCCAAAUAAAAGCCCAUGUGAUGUUUUUAUCUGUGGACCAAAUCCAUGUUGUCUUUGUGGUGUGGAGAGGACCUGAUUAUGCACUGAUAUUUUAUAUCAAGUUUAGUUUUUUUGUAUACAAAAGUUAUAUUAUUAUAAUAUUGAAACAGUGUUCAAGGCCACAUUUUAUAUAAAGAUCUGUGAUAUUUUUUUUCAUAUUUAACAAUUGAACUAGUGUAUAGCCGAAAAUGAAUGUUUUCAGUAUUUGUUGUAUCCUAACAACCUCACAUUCCUUUACUAUAUUUAAACUACAAUCUUGUUUUUGUUACGUUUUAUUUUAUCACACAUUAGCUCAAGCACAUUCAAAGAUCAAUUGUUACCACUGUUUGAAUUUAAAGUUUCUUUUGUGUCCUCAUGUAUCACAUGACUAACGAUCCCUACAGCUCCUAACGUGUGUUCUGUUUUGUUCAUGUAGUGUAACAAGCUAGUUUCAAUGAGAGUAUUUGUUCCUCAACACUGUAAACCGAGCAUAUGAAGAAAAUGAAUGAAUAAAGAUCUAUAUAUUUAUACAUGAA